ACUAAAAGAAUGCAUUACCUACAUGAAUUCGGAAAAACAGAGGCUUGAAUUGCAAAAUAAUUAUUCUCACUAGUAAUAGUCUACAGAUCGCAGUAAUGAGUUACGCGUCAUAUUGUUUUGGUCCUAGCAAGGCUCAGAUCUACCACCAACUAAAAGGUACUACAUUUUGAGACACAUGAAGAUAUUUCUACAGCGAACAAAGAUAACUGACUACAUAUAAGCUACAAAGGAAAUCAAGAAAAGGAUCCAGUAGAUGUAGACAAUAGUAUAGUCUAAAACCCUAUAAAAAGAAGAAAGAAAGAAAGAAAGAAAAACGGGCGACAAGCAGUGAGCAGCCAUGAAGUCAUUUCUCAGCCUUGGUAUGGGGAAACCGGCCCCAGUGUUGGAAUCCCCAAAGCCUGCGAGUGGCAUUCUUCCACACGGGGAAGAAGACGCCCUUGCAAAUCUGUGGGUUGACAUUAUUAAAUCAGAGACGGCAUGUUGCAAGCUUAUCAGUGAAGUGAGGAACUACAGGGAUUCCAUCAAGGAGGUACAAGAAGCUGAGGAAAAGUUGUUGAAAGACUUAGGGGCCUCUGGCCUUGGAGCAGUUUCUCCCCAACUGCAGCAGGCUAGUGAUGAGUAUCUCUCCGUAGUAAUUGAGAUGAAAAACAAGAGCGAAGAAACAAGCGCAGGCGUGCAGGAGGUGUUAGGAGAUCCCAUCAAGCAGUAUCAUGCGCUCUUUGAGCCUCUGGAUGCUCUGCGAAAGCGUCGGGAUGCUCAGUUAAUGGUUGUGCAAAAGUGCCAGGACAAGCUGGAUAAACUGAAAUUGAAGGGAAAACGCAACACUGAUGUCAUUGUAGAACGCGAGUCAGCCAUGGCC